AAACCUACUGCUACCGCACCGAAGAAAGGAUGCCUAAAAUGCGGAGGACCUCAUUGGUUUUCUAAGUGCCCUGAAGCCAGUGACGCUGAGAAGCGAGAAUUGCCGAAGCAGUUCUACAAGAACAAGGACAAAGCGUCCAGCGAUGUGAACAUGAAGCGACUUCGCGAGGAAAACUGA